AAGAAGAAGAGAGAGAAAACAUAACUGAAGAGGAGCGUCGUGUCCUUUCCCUUUCCCCUCGCUAAUGUAGACGAAAUGAAACCCUAGUUAUCUCCGUUUCUCCAACUCCCUCUCUCCCUACACACACGCAUACACAAAUAAUAAGAGCUUGGCCUUGUUCUUCUCUCUCGAUUUCCCCAAUUUCCAGAACUUUCGGUGGUUGUUUUGUGUAAUCGAAUCAUUCAUUUCUCAGAACAUAUAUACACAUGAAUUUAGAAGCAUAGAUAUUGAAAUGUAUAGAGAUCGAGGAGGCGGUGGAGGACCGUUGGAUCGGAAGCGAAUAAUCAACGUUGCAUUAGAUAAGCAAUUGGAGAAAUCUUCAGCGGCACCUACAUCCAGAGCGUUGAAGGAGAAAGCUGUUCCGUCCACGUCAGAUGUGAUAACUGGAAAAUCGCAUCAUCGUAAUAUUGAUCAGCAUAUGGAUACUCUUUCUUCUUCUACUCUCACCACCAAAAACAAGUGCUCUGAUGAGGAAUCUGAAUCAGACAGUGAAGAGUCUGAUGUUAGUGGUUCUGAUGGAGAUGACACAUCAUGGAUUACUUGGUUUUGUAACCUGCGUGGGAAUGAGUUCUUCUGCGAGGUUGAUGACGACUACAUUCAAGAUGAUUUUAACCUCUGUGGAUUGAGCAGUCAAGUUCCAUACUAUGACUUUGCACUUGAUCUAAUCCUUGAUGUUGAAUCCUCUCAUGGUGAUAUGUUCACUGAAGGGCAGAAUGAAUUGGUUGAAUCAGCAGCAGAGAUGCUCUAUGGCUUGAUCCACGUCCGAUAUAUUUUGACCAGCAAGGGGAUGGCUGCAAUGUUGGAGAAGUACAAGAACUACGACUUUGGUAGAUGCCCGCGAGUUUAUUGCAGUGGACAGCCUUGUCUUCCAGUUGGUCAGUCUGAUAUUCCACGCUCAAGUACUGUAAAAAUUUACUGUCCAAAAUGUGAAGAUAUCUACUAUCCACGAUCAAAAUACCAAGGCAAUAUUGACGGAGCUUACAUUGGGACAACAUUUCCUCACCUCUUUUUUAUGACUUAUGGACAUCUCAAGCCGCAAAAGCAAACACAGAACUAUGUUCCCAGGGUAUUCGGUUUUAAGCUCCACAGCACUUGACAUUGAAGGCCCUCUGUGAAAUUUGAUGAGAUUGCAUAGUUUCUGCCAGGAAAUUGUUCUUACCUGUCAUUUGUACAAUUCGUCAUGGUAGAAUUGGGUAAUGUAGAAUUAAUGUCCACAAUUGUUUUCAUUGAUGUAAAAGCAAAUGUGGCCAGUCUUUCAAGUAAAAUUUGUCCCCCAAAUCUCUAUUCUAAUCUUAUUUCUUUUCCAGUUUUAUUGA